AUGUUUAAGAAGGUGUCUAUUGUGUUCAACAAUGAAACAGAUAGAGUGAACAAUGCAGACACAUACUUCUUGCCAACAGGAAACUCCAAUGGGAAUGAUAUAUCCGUAGAGAGAAAGUCCCUACCGAUCAAUCUCACAUCUGCAUUCAACUGA